GGGCCCAGGAGGAGGAGGCCGGAGCUCGGGCCCAUGCUGAGGAUGCUAGCGGCUAAAGCCAUGAGGGACUUCACGCGCCACAAAGAGAGGGCGGCCGCCCGGCGCCCGUCACCAGAGCCCCACGUCCCACCGUCUAUGGUGAGCAAGGAGCGGAGGCGUCUGGAUAACUACAUGAUCCGAAAGGGCUUCAUCGAGCGGCGCCAUUACGACGCCAUGCCGGAGACGUGGCUGGACGCCAUCGUCGCCAGAGUGCCGCACGGCCUCAAAGACGGCCCGCAGAACCAGAACCGCCUGCAGGAGCUCAUCCAGGAAUGCAGACAGCACUACCACCACACCAUCGUCCAGCACGCAGUGGACACAACGAUAAAGGAUCCGCGGACAGGAGAAGGCGGCGAGGAGCCGGCGUCCGCCCCCCGAACAACUCUUGAUUUCUCCGAAUCGAGGCGAAGGAGCUUCGUCAGAAGCCGCGAGCUGAUGGGACAAAACUUACACGUCCUUCACCCGGUGAUGCAGAGGGUCUCGGCCGUCGGCAUAGCAACGCUGCCUCCGCUGGUCUUCCAGGUCGAUCAUUCAACCGCCUCGACGCCCGCGGCCUGCCAGAGCAUCCGGGACAACAUCGCCGCUCAGUGUCAGAGGACGGAGGGUCGCGUCAUGAGCACCUGGUUUCACAAAGUCGUGGAGUUGUUAACGAGCAGCGGCGCGCUGAAGGGGGUCCCAGAGGGGGAUGUGGGGUCCUUCUAUAACUGCGCCUCCACCCUCAUCUCCAACCAGUUGAAAUCGUUGCUCCAGAGAAGCAUCGAGGAGUUUGUCAAUCUUUUCGAUCCGAGCAAUCGGCACCGCUCGCCCGUCUUCGCUUUGGCCCUGACGUUGGACGACGAAAAGAUGGAGAUGUAUCCCGACCUGGAGGCUUGCGUUUUGGAGAUUCUCGACGUCAUCGCCAACACGCUGCAAAAUGUGCAGACGAUCCCAUCGUGGCAGAGCGGCGCCGUGACUUUGUUGGUGGACACCAAGGUGCCGGACCACGUCCUCGCCCGGGCCCGGGUCACCGUGAAGACUGCCGUGUUCCAGAACCUGGAGCAACCGGACAAACACCUCCGGAGCUAUGUCGACAACUACGAUUGGCUGCUCACCGGAACGGCUCAGGCCAGAGUGGAGAAGCUCCUCGAAGAGGAGCACUCGUUUGACGAGUACACCGAGCUAAUGGAGGAGUUUCACGUCCUGGUGAAGCAGAUCGGCAGCCUCCCGGUGAAGGUCCAAUUCUCGAUGGUCCAACUGGACUGCGAGGAGCUGAACCGGGGGCUGGCCGACAAGGCGAAGAGCUACUCCGACACACUUCUGGAGAAAAUGAUCGCCAGCCACCGCGAGCAAAACAUACAGAUCUGCUCUGAAUUUGAAACCAUCAGAGAGAACGUUCUGAGAGAACCCAGAAGCACAGCGGAGAUGACCCACGUCAUCGACUGCGUCAACGACGCAACGGGUCUCGCAGAACUCAACGCGAGGAUCAAGGAAUCCUUCCGUAGAUUCAGCUUCAUCCAUCAGUUCCAAUCCCUCGAGCCCGAGGACCAGGAGCUCAACGAGACCCUCUUUCGCUGGCCGCAGGAAAUCCGUCACGUCUUUCAACUCAGUGAUGAGUUGAUGGUGAAGGCCACGCUGAACGGGAAGCAGGAGCUGCUGGCCAGAAGAGAAGGAUUGAUGGUCCAGCUGGAAGCGUUGGGCCGCAGGACAGAGAGCUACCCGCUUGUGUCUCGGGUGGAGCUGAUGCAGAAGUAUGUAAGAGAAGUCAGAACGGACUGGACGCUCCUCCACGAGGUCGACGAGGAGAUCGCCUCCAUCAACAAAGAAGAGCUCUUUUACCAACUGGCCCCGACGUGUUACCCGGAAGUGGAGGUCAUCAAAGCGAGCGUCCAGCUGCACGAGAAGCUGUUCGGCUUCAUGCUGAAGUGGCAGCGCACACAGAGCAGCUGGAUGGACAGCAACUUCCAGGACCUGAACAGCGAGACCAUCGAAGUGAAAGUGGACGAGACCUGGAAGGAGAUCUCCAAUUGGCUCGCGUUCUUCAAACAGAGUCAGAAAAAGGCAGAGCAAGAGACGGCGAAGAGCGGCGGCAAGGCCGGGCGCCGGCGACGCGGCGAGGAUGAGCCGGGGAAGCGGGAAAGCCCGACGGUACAUCUGUGCUCCGCCCUCAUGGAGCAGAUCGAGGAGUUCAAGGAGCACCUCCCCCUAGUGUCCAUCUUUUGCCAUCCGGGCAUCAGAGCUCGCCACUGGGAUCAGAUGUCGGAGAUCGUGGGGUACGACCUCGCUCCUCACACCCGCCUGACGCUGCGCGGCAUCCUCGCUCAAGACCUGGCGCCUCAUCUGGAGGAGUUCGAGUCCAUCAGCAGCGGCUGGAGUAAAGAGUUCUCCCUGGAGAAGGCUAUGGAAGCCAUGGCGCACGUCUGGGACGGCAUCUCUUUCCAACAUCAGCCGUACAGGGAGACCGGCGUGUCCAUCCUGACCGCCGUCGACGACAUUCAGACGUUACUGGAAGACCAAACGGUCAAGAUGCAGACCAUGAAGGGAUCUCCGUUCAUUAAACCGUUUAAAGAGGAGAACAAACGAUGGGAGGAGCGUCUGCUCCGCAUGCAGGACACCAUCGACGAGUGGCUGAAGGUGCAGGCCCAGUGGCUCUACCUGGAGCCCAUCUUCUCCUCGCAGGACAUCCUGCAGCAGAUUCCAGAAGAAGGACGACUUUUCCAGAUCGUGGACAAAACCUGGAAAGACGUCAUGAGGCACUGCGUCAAGGACCCGAAGGUUCUAAAAGCGACCUCGCUGAACGGUUUGCUCCAGAACCUUCAGGAGUCCAACAACCUGCUGGAGAGCAUCAUGAAGGGCCUGAAUCACUAUCUGGAGGAGAAGCGUCUCUUCUUCCCACGGUUCUUCUUCCUGUCCAACGAUGAAAUGCUGGACAUUCUGUCUGAGACCAAGGACCCGCUGCGAGUGCAGCCCCAUCUGAAGAAGUGCUUCGAGGGCAUCUCCAAACUGGACUUCCUCCCCAACCUGGAUAUCCAGGCCAUGUACAGCAGCGAGGGCGAGCGCGUUCAGCUCAUCCAGAACAUCUCCACGUCCGCCACCAAAGGAGCGAUGGAGAAGUGGCUGGUGCAGGUGGAGGAGCAGAUGGUUCUCAGUGUCAGAGAUGUAGUGGACCGGUCCAGGGAGGCCUACACUCAGAGCGCACGCAGCCAGUGGGUCAGGGAGUGGCCCGGACAGGUGGUGCUCUGCACCUCGCAGAUCUUCUGGACCUCGGAGGUUCAGGAAGCCAUCAAUGGAAAAGUGCGUGGUUUGAAGAACUACUAUGAACAGCUCCAGGAUCAGCUGAAGGACAUCGUGGAGCUGGUGAGAGGGAAACUGCCCAAACAGACACGCACCACACUGGGAGCGCUGGUCACCAUCGACGUCCACGCCAGGGAUGUGGUCUCCGAUCUUCUUCAGAAAGGCAUAUCGAACGAUACAGACUUCCAGUGGCUGGCUCAGCUUCGGUACUACUGGAACAACGACGAUGUCCGCGUUCGCAUCAUCAACUGCGAUGUUAAGUACGCCUACGAGUACCUGGGGAACUCGCCGCGUCUCGUCAUCACUCCGCUGACGGACCGAUGCUACAGAACGCUGAUUGGGGCUUUCUGCCUGAACUUGGGUGGUGCGCCCGAGGGUCCGGCCGGAACAGGAAAGACAGAAACCACCAAAGAUCUCGCCAAAGCUCUGGCCGUGCAGUGUGUCGUCUUCAACUGCUCCGACGGACUGGAUUACCUCGCCAUGGGCAAAUUCUUCAAAGGCCUGGCCUCGUCGGGCGCGUGGGCGUGCUUUGACGAGUUCAACCGCAUCGAGCUGGAGGUGCUGUCCGUCGUGGCCCAGCAGGUCCUCUGCAUCCAGAGGGCCGUCGCGGCCAAGUUGGAGUACUUUGACUUCGAGGGGACGAUGCUCAAACUGAAUCCCAACUGCUUCGUGUCCAUCACGAUGAACCCUGGCUAUGCGGGACGCUCAGAACUGCCAGACAACCUCAAGGUGUUGUUCCGAACGGUGGCCAUGAUGGUGCCCGACUACGCGCUGAUAGCAGAGAUCUCUCUGUAUUCGUACGGCUUCCUGAACGCCAAACCGCUGUCGGUGAAGAUCAUGAUGACGUACCGGCUCUGCUCCGAGCAGCUGUCCUCCCAGUUCCAUUACGACUACGGCAUGAGGGCCGUCAAAGCUGUACUGGUGGCUGCGGGGAACCUCAAGCUCAAGUACACCGACGAGAACGAGGACAUCCUGCUCCUGAGGUCCAUAAAGGAUGUCAAUGAGCCCAAGUUUCUCUCCCAUGAUAUUCCUCUGUUCAAUGGGAUCAUCAGCGAUUUGUUCCCGGGCAUCUCCCUCCCUGAGGCUGACUAUCAGCUGUUUCUGGAGGCCGCUAAAGAGUGCUGUUCCAACCACAACGUGCAGGCGACAGAGGUCUUCUUAGGGAAGAUGAUCCAGACCUACGAGAUGAUGAUAGUCAGGCAUGGGUUCAUGCUGGUGGGCGAGCCUUUCUCCGGUAAGACCAAAGUGCUCCACGUUCUCGCCGACACGCUGACUCUCAUGAACGAGAGAGGCGACGGCGAGGAGGAGAAGGUCACCUUCAGGACUCUGAACCCAAAGUCCAUCACCAUGGGACAGCUCUUUGGACAGUUUGACCUGGUGUCCCACGAGUGGACCGAUGGGAUUGUGGCCAACACAUUUCGCGAGUUUGCAUCGUCCGAGACGCCAGACCGCAAAUGGGUGGUGUUUGACGGCCCCGUCGACACGCUGUGGAUCGAGAGCAUGAACACUGUGCUGGACGACAACAAAAAGUUGUGCCUGAUGAGCGGCGAGAUCAUCCAGAUGUCCAAUCAGAUGAGCCUGAUCUUUGAAACCAUGGAUCUAUCGAAGGCCUCGCCCGCCACAGUCAGCCGCUGUGGGAUGAUCUACAUGGAGCCGUCUCAGCUGGGCUGGGAGCCCUUAGUGAUGUCCUGGAUCAACCAUCUCCCCGACGCUCUGCGGAGCCCCGACAAUCGCCUCCUGCUGCUGGAGCUCUUCCGCUGGCUCCUGCCGCCGGCCCUCAGGGUGCUGCGCAAGCAAUGCAGAGAAGUUAUUUCCACCAGCGACAGCAACACCGCGGUGUCCCUGUGUCGACUGUUCGAGGCGCUGCUCGCCGAACCCGUGAAAACGGAUCCCGUCGGAAAAAACCUACGCACUUGGAUCAUGGCGGCGUUUGCCUUCUCCCUGGUGUGGUCCGCCGGCGGCAGCUGCGACUCGGACAGCAGAGAGACGUUCAGUCGGUUCCUCCGGGCGACCCUGUCCGGGGAGACGGACGGGCACCCGAUCCCCGCCUCCGUGGGGAAAUGGGAGUGUCCGAUGGACACGAGAGGGCUGGUGUACGACUACUUCUACGAGUUCAAAAGAAACGGCAGCUGGGUUCUCUGGAACGACGUCAUCAGGAAUGUCCACCUGGGGGACGAGAACACCAAAGUGCAGGAUGUCGUCGUACCAACGAUGGACACAGUGCGAUACACCUACCUGAUGGACCUCGGGAUCAGAUACGGAGUGCCUUUCCUGUUCGUCGGUCCGACCGGCACCGGGAAGUCGUUGUGCGUGAAGAACAAGCUGAUGAACAAUCUGGACAAAGACCGCUACCUGCCCUUCUUCCUCAAUUUCUCAGCUCGCACGAGCUCCAACCAAACCCAGAACAACAUCAUGUCGAGAUUAGACAAGAGACGGAAGGGCGUGUUCGGACCCCCGUUGGGGAAGAAGUGCGUGAUCUUCGUGGACGACCUGAACAUGCCUGCACCGGAACAGUUUGGAGCUCAGCCCCCCGUGGAGCUUCUCCGGCAGUUUAUAGACCACGGAAACUGGUACGACCUGAAGGACACGUCCAGGAUCUCUCUCGUCGACCUCCAGCUCGUGGCCGCCAUGGGCCCCCCCGGCGGCGGGAGGAACGCCGUGACGGCGCGCUUCCUGCGGCACUUCAACAUCGUCAGCAUCAACGCCUUCAGCGACGACACCAUGGUUUGCAUCUUCUCCAGCCUGGUGGCGUUCCACCUCAAGAGCAACGGAUUCCCGCCGGAGUUUUUCACCGUCGGCAACCAGAUAGUGACGGCGACGCUGGAAGUGUAUAAGAGAGCGAUGGAGAAUCUUCUGCCGAUUCCCGCCAAGUCCCACUACACCUUCAACCUGCGGGACUUCUCCCGCGUCAUCCAGGGCUGCCUGCUGCUGAAGAAGGACUCGCUGGGGAACAAGCGCACCAUGGUACGCCUGUUCGUCCACGAGGUCUUCCGCGUCUACUACGACCGCCUGGUGGACGACGGGGAUCGGGCGUGGUUCUACCGGCUGAUGGACGGCGUCCUGAGAGAUCACUUCAAAGAGUCCUUCGACCAGGUGUUUGAUCACCUGAAGCGAGGCAGCAGACCUCUGGUCGAGGAAGACAUGCGCGGGCUUCUGUUCGGCGACUACAUGCACCCAGAGCUGGAGGACGGCGAGCGCCGGUACGCCGAGGUUCCCUCAGUGGAAAGCUUUUCCGAAGUGGUGCAGUCGUGUCUGGACGAAUACAACCGCACGCACAAGAACCGCAUGGACCUCGUCAUCUUUCGCUACGUCCUGGAGCACCUGUCCCGUAUCAGCCGUGUGUUGAAGCAGUCGGGGGGCAACGCCCUGCUGGUGGGAGUGGGAGGCAGCGGCCGCCAGUCCAUCACCCGCCUGGCCACCGCCAUGGCCCACAUGACCAUGUUCCAGCCCGAGAUCUCCAAGAGCUACGGCAUCACCGAGUGGAGAGACGACCUCAAGAUGCUGCUGAAAAACGCCGGCGUGAAAGGCGAGAAGACGGUGUUGCUGCUGACCGACACGCAGAUGAAAGACGAGGCGUUCCUGGAAGACGUGGACAGCGUCCUGAACACGGGAGAGGUGCCCAAUCUGUUCGCCGUCGACGAGAAGCAAGAGAUCAUGGAGACGGUGCGUCCCAUCGCCCAGGGCGGCGACAAGAAUCUGGAGUUGAGUCCGUUGACUCUGUUCGCCUUCUUCGUGGCGCGCUGUCGAGAGAACCUGCACAUCGUGUUGGCCUUCAGCCCCGUUGGAAACGCCUUUCGGAACCGACUGCGCCAAUUCCCCUCGCUCGUCAACUGCUGCACCAUCGACUGGUUCCAGCCGUGGCCGGAGGAGGCUCUUGAGCAAGUGGCCAACUCCUUCCUGGGCUCGCUGGAGAUGAGCGAGAAGGAGAGGCAGGAGAUCGUUCCCGUCUGCAAGACGUUCCACACGUCCGCCAAGCAGCUCUCACUGCGAUUCCUCUCAGAGCUCGGUCGCCAUAACUACGUGACGCCCACCUCCUACCUGGAGCUGAUGGCGGCUUUCCGGCAGCUCCUCACUCAGAGGAGAGAAACGGUCAUGAGAGCCAAGAAGCGCUACACCAACGGUCUGGAUAAGCUGGCCUUCGCUGAAUCUCAGGUCGGCACGUUGAAGAAGGAGCUCAUCGACCUGCAGCCCAGACUGGAACAGGCCAAGAUAGACAACAACGCCAUUAUGAAGGUGAUCGAGGUGGAGUCCGUCGAGGUGGAAGCCAAAAGCAAAGUGGUGCGCGUCGACGAGGAGGCGGCGACCAUCAAAGCCAACGAGGCCGAGGCUCUGAAGACGGAGUGCGAGAGCGACUUGGCCGACGCCAUCCCCGCCCUGGAGGACGCGCUGUCGGCCUUGAACACGUUGAAGCCCUCUGACGUCUCAAUCGUGAAGGCGAUGAAAAACCCUCCGAUGGCGGUGAAGCUGGUGAUGUCCGCCGUGUGUGAGAUGAAGGGCAUAAAGCCGGAUAAGAUCGCUGACCCGGCUGGGACUGGAAGAAAGGUGUUGGACUUCUGGGGUCCGAGCAAGAAGCUCCUGGGCGACAUGAACUUCUUACGAGAUCUUAAAGACUACGACAAGGACAAUAUUCCCGCGUCCGUGAUGCAAACGAUCCGUCAGACGUACGUGACCAAUCCCGACUUUGAGCCCAGCAUCGUGGCCAAAGCUUCCUCCGCGGCCGAGGGCCUGUGCAAGUGGGUGAAGGCGAUGGAGCAGUACGACCGCGUGGCGAAGGUUGUGGCUCCAAAGAAGGCCAACCUGGCGGAGGCCCAGGAGUUCCUGGCCGCCAUCAUGGCCGUGCUGGACCAGAAGCGGGCGGAGCUAAAGGAGGUGGAGGACCGCCUGGCCGCCCUCCAGAAAACCUUCGACGAGAAGACGGAGCAGAAGGCCCGGCUGGAGCUGCAGGUGGACUCGUGCGCCAGGAAGCUGGAGAGGGCCGUGAAGCUCAUCGGGGGUCUGGACGGAGAGAAGACCAGAUGGUCCAAGGCUGCCGACGACCUGCAGAGCACCUACGACAACCUGACCGGAGACGUCCUCAUCUCCGCCGGGGUCAUCGCCUACCUGGGGGCCUUCACCGCCGGCUACCGGCAGGAGUGCACCAGGUCCUGGACCAAACUCUGCCAGUCUCGGAACAUUCCGUCGGCGGACGAGUUCUCGCUCAGCAAGACCCUGGGAGACCCCAUCGAGAUCAGGGCCUGGAACAUCGCCGGCCUCCCCAACGACUCCUUCUCCAUCGACAACGGCGUCAUCGUCGGCAAUUCACGUCGUUGGCCCCUGAUGAUCGACCCUCAGGGUCAGGCCAACAAGUGGGUGAAGAGUUCGGAGCGAGACAACGAGCUGAGCGUCAUCAAGCUGACCGACGGCAGCUACAUGAGAACCUUGGAGAACUGCGUUCAGUUCGGGAAGCCGCUGCUGCUGGAGAACGUCGGCGAGGAGCUGGACCCGUCGCUGGAGCCACUGCUGGUCAAACAGACCUUCAAGCAAGGCGGCGUGGACUGCAUCCGGCUCGGGGAGAGCGUGAUCGAGUUCUCCCGCGAUUUCCGUUUCUACAUCACCACCAAGCUGAGGAACCCGCACUACCUCCCAGAACUGGCCACCAAGGUGUCGCUGCUCAACUUCAUGAUCACCCCGGAGGGCCUGGAGGACCAGCUGCUGGGCAUCGUCGUUGCCAAAGAGAGGCCGGACCUGGAAGGGGAGAGGAACGCUCUCAUCCUGCAGUCGGCCGCCAACAAGAAGCAGCUGAAGGAGAUCGAGGACAAGAUCCUGGAGACGCUGCAGUCCUCCGAGGGAAACAUCCUGGAGGACGAGAGCGCCGUUCAGAUCCUGGACUCCGCGAAGAUCAUGUCCAACGAGAUCAGCGAGAAGCAGCAGAUUGCCGAGACGACGGAGAUCAAGAUAGCGGAGUCCAGAGAGUGUUACAGAGACGUCGCCAAGCAGUCCUCCAUCCUGUUCUUCAGCAUCGCCGAUCUGACCUUCAUCGACCCCAUGUACCAGUACUCGCUCAGCUGGUUCGUCAACCUCUACGUCAGGGCCAUACAGAAGAGUCUCAAGCCGAAGAACCUGACGAAGAGGCUCCACUACCUGAUCAGUUACUUCACCAACAGCCUGUUCUGCAACGUCUGCCGCUCUCUGUUCGAGAAGGACAAGCUCCUCUUCUCCUUCCUCCUCUGCUGCAACCUGUUCCUCGCUUCGGAGGAGAUCGCGUACUCCGACUUCAUGUUCUUCCUGACGGGCGGAGUGGGGCUGCAGAACGCCGCCGCCAACCCCGCCCCCAGCUGGCUUCAGGACAAGAGCUGGGACGAGAUCUGCAGAGCCAGCGACCUGCCGGGCCUCCGGGGGUUCAAAGAGGCUUUCAUCCAAAGCCCAGAAGGCUUUAAAUCCAUCUACGACAGCGUAGAACCGAGCGACGCCGAGCUGCCGGCGCCGUGGUGCGGACGACUCAACGACCUGCAGAAGAUGAUCGUCGUCCGCUGCCUCCGGCCCGACAAGAUGGUUCCGGCCGUGACGAAAUUCGUGACGGUAAAAAUGGGGAAGAGUUUUGUGGAGCCGCCUCCAUUCGACCUGACGGAGAGCUACAAGGACUCCAACUCCACCGUGCCGCUGGUAUUCGUGCUGUCUCCGGGAGCCGAUCCCAUGGCGAGCUUGCUGAAGUUCGCCAGCGACAUGAAAAUGGUCGGCGCCAAGUUCCAGUCCAUCUCACUGGGGCAGGGCCAGGGGCCCAUCGCGGCCCACAUGAUCUCCGCGGCCAUGCUGGAGGGCACCUGGGUGUGUCUGCAGAACUGUCACCUGGCCGUCUCCUGGUUGUCCAGCCUGGAGAAGAUCUGCGAGGGCUUCGGUCCCGACACUUGCCACCAGGACUUCCGCCUGUGGCUCACCAGCUACCCUUCGCCCGAGUUUCCAGUGAGCAUCCUGCAGAACGGCGUGAAGAUGACCAACGAGCCUCCCACGGGACUCCGGCUCAAGCUGCUGCAGUCCUACCAGUCCGACCCGGUGUCCGACCCGGACUUCUUUGCGAGCUGCCCUGGCAAAAAGAUGGUUUGGGAGAGGCUCCUGUACGGACUGUGUUUCUUCCACGCUCUCGUUCAGGAGAGGAAGAAGUUCGGCCCUCUGGGCUGGAACAUCCCGUACAGCUUUAACGAGUCCGACCUGCACAUCAGCAUCAGGCAGCUGCAGCUGUUUGUGAACGGAUACGACGAGGUGCCCUUCGAGGCCAUCACCUACCUGACGGGCGAGUGUAACUACGGCGGCCGCGUGACGGACGACUGGGACCGCCGCCUCCUGAUGACCAUCCUGGCCGACUUCUACAACCCGGACAUCACCGUGACGAGCUCCUACAGUCUCUCGCCGAGCCGCGACUACCUGGCCCCUCCGCCGUCGCCCUAUUCCGGCUACAUCUUCUUCAUCAAGGAGCUUCCGCUCAGCCAGCACCCCGAGGUGUUCGGGAUGCACGAGAACGUCGACAUCUCCAAAGAUCUCCAGCAGACGAAGCUGCUGUUCGAUUCGCUGCUGCUCACCCAGGGAGGAGGGGCUAAAGGAGGGGCGAGCUCCGGGAGCGACGGCGCGCUGUUCGACAUCGCCAACGACGUCCUCGAAAAGCUGCCGGACAAUUUAGACACGGAAGCGGCCCUCUUGAAGUUCCCGGUGGUCUACGAGGAGAGCAUGAACACCGUGCUCGUCCAGGAGAUGGAGCGCUACAACACGCUGUGCGGCACCAUCCGCGUGAGCCUGCAGAACCUGUUGAAGGCCGUCAAGGGUCUGGUGGUGAUGGACGCCGAGCUGGAGGCCGUGGCGGGCAGCCUGGUCGUGGGGAAGGUCCCAGAGAAAUGGGCCAAGUGCUCGUACCCCAGCCUCAAGCCUCUGGGCAGCUACACCAAUGACCUUCUCUCAAGGCUCAAGUUUCUGCAGGAUUGGUGCGACAGCGGCAAACCCGACGUGUUCUGGCUGUCCGGGUUCUUCUUCACGCAGGCCUUCCUGACCGGGGCCAUGCAGAACUACGCCAGGAAGUACCGCGUGCCCAUAGAUCUGCUUGCCUUUGAUUUCCAGGUUCUUCCCGUCGCCGAGUCGGACGCGCCUCCCGAAGACGGCGUUUACGUGGAAGGAUUGUUUCUGGAAGGAGCUCGAUGGGACGUGGCGAGAGGACUUCUGGCAGAGCAGCAGCCCAAAGUCCUGUUUGACGCCAUGCCGCUCAUCUGGAUCAAACCCACCGAGAAGAAGAGCGCGGACGCGGCCCGCUACGUGUGCCCGGUCUACAAGACGAGCGCGAGGAUGGGCAGCCUCUCCUCCACGGGACACUCCACCAACUUCGUGCUCUCCAUGCCGCUGCCCUCCGGCGAGCCGCCUCCCAAGUGGAUAAAGCGCGGCGUCGCCAUGCUCUGCCAGCUGGACGACUGACCGGCGGACGCCCGGUUCACGACGGCAUUUCCUUCUAAUCCACUUCGGACGGCGUGCGUAUGUGUUGAUUUAAAAACGUGUUCAAAACAACAACUUGUAGUUCUACCUGCUGUGAGGAUGUAGGCUCAGUGUCCCUGAGCGGCUUCAGCUCAGAAGCCUUUCUACUUCCUGUAUUCUUUCUUUCCUGCUGCAUCCUCCACCACGAAUACUUCAUUCCUCUGACUUAUGGACGAACCACGGUGAGAUAUUUAACCGCGAGGGGAAAAAAGUUGAAUCCAUUGUUUGGUGUCUGUAAUCCGUCGGUCACUCUCCGUCCCUCGUCUCUGAGGCUCUAAUUCAAUGUUUUGCUUUUCUCGGUUCUUCUUCACCGGCUGAUCCUUUAAUCCUCAGUUCUUACAGCGCCAUCAAUUUCAAAAUAAAAUAAAGAAAUGUUCCUCAGUUUCUCCGUGACUUAAACAUUUUUUUUAAUUGCAUUUUCAACAAAACAAUGACAUUUAAAUAAAUAAACACAACGAAACAAGACAGCAGUUCCUGUAGUCCCACCCACAGCGAGAACAAAGGCCAAAUCUCCACAUACGUGAACAUCUACUCCACAGGUGUCAAACAUAAGGCGCGCGUCAUUUUAUGCGGCACCUGACGACUUGGAGAAAACUAUCCCGUGCUUUUAUUUUGAAGGUUUCAAAUUAAAUGGAUUUAUGUUAUAUUAAAGAAAUGUUGAAAUGUAUGAUACUUCUCCACGCGUAUAAACCAUGAUCAAAUGCAAAGAGUUUGUGAACAUGAGUUCUACAUCCCUGACCUACCACACACACACACACACACAACCGUCCACAUACACCGCAUACCAUCCCCACACGUGUUCACUUCUACACGCUGCUCGCCGUGAGCCGAUAAUGUGCUUUAUUAAUUCAAAUAAAAAUAUGAAUUCCUCAAACAUUUGAUCACUCCUCUGCAAACAUCAAGCGUCUGUAAAGAAUAUAUAUUAUAGCUUAGCACAGCCUAGUAUUGUUUGCAUAAAUGUUAUGUGUAAAGUGGAAAAUCACUGUGGAAGGUUAGAAACUUUAGCAGGGCAGUCCAGCGCCUGAACUGAUCAAAGAAGAUAACAGUGACACACAAAAUGAACUUUAUGCACCAACGCUCACCCUAGAUUUGAAUAGAACAAAGCAACACUCAUGCUCACAUGAACAGGAGAGCCACAGAGACAUUUAAUGAGCGCAGAUAAGAUAAGGAACGGUCCAAGCUAGGGCAAUUAUCCGGAUUCACACACACACACACACACACAUGCCCUUUCUCUGACCCAACACACACACACACACACACACACACACACACACACGUGAAGGGGCCCUUUUGAUGAACGACCUUCUAGACGCAGCGCAUCCCACCUCGGAAGAGAUAAGAUUAUCUUAGAAAACUCCCGAGCUCAGUCAAAGGAAGCUACAAGUGAAUUCCAUCUUUCCUUUCUCACACUUUUUCACAACAUAUGCUCUCAUUGGCGGGCCACGAAGGACCAAUGAAUGAGCGACAACGGCGGAAGCAGAGAGACGAAGAACCAAUGAGAAGACACAGCCCUCUCUUCGCUGGACCAAUCAGAACUUGUCUUGAUGACUAUUUAAACCGUCGCCCCCUCUGCUAAGGCGCCUCUCUCUGGUCUGAAUACAAUAGGUACCAGGCGGAGGGGGGCCCAUGCAUGAUGUCUACUUGUAUCCUGAUUUCUGAAUAAAAUGCUUAUAGAUGUAAAGUAGAAGUCUACCGCUGUUUCUUUGUCAGUGCCGUCCGGGUGGUGGUUCCUGUUCCUCCAACAUCAACACGUCUCGUCUGAGCCCACUGGCGGCCUUCAAGAUUCAAGAUUCAAGAUGUUUUAUUUGUCACAUACACACACAGGGUGUGCAGUGAAAUGAAAGUGGCAAUGCUCAGCAGGAAUGUGCAAGGGCAACAAGUACACACUAUUUACAAAUAAAAAACAACACAAUAUUUACAGUAAGUGUGU